UCUGUCUGCGCCUAGUCGCUGCAUCUGCCCCAGUAAUGUCGCUCAACAGCACCUGGGGGAGAGAAUAAAGGGCAGAUGUAGAGACAGAGGCAACAGGUGAGCCCGGAUGUGGCUGGACUACAACUCCCACAAUCCCUUGUUGUUAGUCGGAGUUAAAGCGGCUACUUUGUGUUUGUCCCGCAGAUCGAUGGGGAACCAGGUGGAGAAACUGACCCACCUGAGCUACAGAGAAGUCCCCACUGUGGAUCCCACCGGCUUAGACCAGGACGAGGGGCCGAGGAUCGGGGUCUCCUACAUCUUCUCAGCGGACGACGAUGACGCGGAGGAUCCCGGGGGGCAGGACUCGGGCAGACAGAGCGCGGUGGUGUCUCCGCGGGGGCGGGACGAAGUUCCUUAUGACGCGAGUGACGAGCUGGAGAGUCACGUGUAUUACCGGCACGAGUGUAUCUAUGAGAGGAGCGCGGGGCAGGGCUCGACUUACUCCCCGGAGAAGCUGCUGGACACGUGUCAGCCCGGGGACCUGCUGGAGUUCGUGGGGAAGAACCAGUUCCCGCACUGGGCGGUGUAUGUGGGGGACCUGCAGGUGGUGCAUCUGUAUCGGCUCCGCAUCAGCAACUGCUUCGUGACCGACGCCAGCCUGGGCCGCAGGGGAAGGAUCGUCAACGACCGCUACAAGUUCAAAGCCCUGAGCCCGGAGCUGGUGGUGCAGAACGCGAUGGAGCAGGUGGGCUGCAAAGACCGGGAGCUGAGCUGGAGGAACUCCGAGUGCUUCGCCGCCUGGUGCCGCUACGGCAAAAGGGAGUUUAAGAUCGGCGGCGAGAUCCGCAUAGGAAAACAGCCCUACCGGCUCCGCAUUCAGCUCUCCGAGAAGAAGAGCCACACGCUGGAGUUCCAGAGCCUCGAGGAUCUCAUCAUGGAGCGGAGACGCAACGACCAGAUCGGCAAAGUCGCAGUCCUGCAGGAACUCUCCAGCCACCUCCAUGGGGACGAGGAAACCCGGACAGACUCCAAUGGCAAUACAACUGCACCCUAGGGAUACUUCUGCUGCACCCCAGCCUGGGAUACUGCUGCACCCUAGGGAUAACUCUGCUGCACCCCAACCUGGGAUACUGCUGCACCCUAGGGAUAACUCCGCUGCACCCCCAAUCUGGAAUACAACUGCAACCCAGGGAUAACUUGGCUGAACCCCAACCUGGGAUACAACUGCACCCCAGGGAUAACUCCACUGCACCCCAGCCUGGGAUACUGCUGCACCCUAAGAUAACUCUGCUGUACCCCAACCUUGGAUACAACUGCACCCUAGGGAUAACCCCACUGCACCCCAGCCAGGGAUACUUUUGUACCCUAAGGAUAACUGCUGCACCCCUGGGAUACUGCUGCACCCUAGGGAUAAGUCUGCUGCACCCCUGGGCUGCCAAACUGAGCCACCUUAACCCUUUCAAUUCCUUUCCAAUCCCAUGUGAGGGGGAGAACCUAUUAAUGCUGAUUACUUUGGAUUUAACCAUUUCAAUCCCCCCCCCACUCCAUUGCAAAAUUCUCGCUGCCUUUCUUCCAGUUUCUGGCAUUUCCGAAUCUGUUGCAUUUCACUUUCACAAGGAAUAUUGAUUCUGGGGUGUGUGUCGGGCCAGCCCUUCCCUUUUUAACCCAGUAGAUUCCAAAAAAGGAACCGGUUCUGCCUCAUGUUUAAGGGGAGGUGUGGUCACUUGGAUGUGUUGGCAGGAUCUACCUGUUUGUUAACCUCUUCAGUGCCGCCUCUAGUAAAGGUGGGGACCCUGUUAUCUAUAUCCUAUGGUCUUUGCUUGUUCUUUAAGUAUAACUCCCAGCAUCCCCCCCCCUCCACAGCCAAAAGCUUGGUGGUGCUGGGAGUUGUACAUAAACACCAGCGGAAAGACUGCAGGUGGGCAACACCGAUAGUUUUACUGUCACCAUCUUGCUUUGUGACUGUCACCUGUCAUCACCAACUGCCACUUUAAUAUCCACAGCUGCUGCGCUCCAUGAUUUUGGGCAGUUUUCAUUAUAUGUUUGUCCUGGCAGCAUGUGCACCAUCAUUAUUCACAGAGAUUGGUGGGUAUGUGCUAAAUGGUAAUAGUUACUACUAGUCUAGUAACCCAUAACAACCAAGAGACUGCAUGUAUUGUCACCAAGCAUCUGAUUGGUUGCUGUGGGCUACUCAACUGGGGUGAACUUUGUCCCUUUUUAUCACAUUCCCCUGAUUUAUCUGUUUCCAGCUAACUAAGCAGCAGCCAGUGCCACCUCCAGGACGCUGAACUUCAACUCCCAUCAUUACUUGCCCUUUGUAUGAAUAAGAAGAUGUGGCCAUUGAGCUCGUAAUGGGGUGACGGUCUGUUCCGGCAGUUGCAGGCACUGCUUAUUUAGACUAUGCUUGAGUGGGGGCUCAUUAGAGGCAGUGUGUCUAUUGCCUUGGUUACAGGCAGUUCACAUUGCAACAGCUUAGCUGACAUGGGUCUCUUCAGUUACUGCUGUAAACAUUUUAUUGAUUCUUGAUGUGCCCAAUGUGGCAGCAUUUUAACCCAAACUUCAUGUUACCCCCGAGGCCUAUACCCACGAUAAAGCUCGAGAGAAAUCCAAGCCUUAGUCCUAAAGUGAGUCUGAUUAAAGUGCAAGUAGCUGCUCCUCUACUCUGACUCCAAUAGGUGCAAUUCAGGUUUCCGCUUGCGUGAGAAACAGGUGGCUGUGUCCUCUGUUUAUAUAAUUCCUACUGAGUCACACACUCCUCCACCUGCGAGCUCUGUACUGUACAAAACACUUGCCUACAGCAACACCAUUGUCUCUGCUGACCCCAGACAAUUCAUUUCUGUAUUAUCCUGUAUUUAUUAAAUACUUCUAAUAUACGCGCCAGGAACAGAGCCUUGCAUUGUUAUAGGGAGUCCAGAAUGUUGAAUAUAUAUUAUUAUUGAGAGAUGUUUGUGGUUGAGGCUGAUCUUUUUCAUCAGACAGAAUUCUCUGUGCUGGAUAUUUGCAUAACUGCCGCCGUCCUCUCCUCCUAAAUAUGAUUUGCAGACUUUAAUUUUCAGAUGCAAACUGUUGGCCCUGGGAAAAAAAAAUCUUUAUUGACUUUGUCAUCUGAGAUAUUGUAAACAGUGAGAUACUGUAAUAUAUUAAUGAACGUGUCACGCUCA